AUGGCACCCUCAUCUAUCACAGCGACAGAGGCGGCAGAUUCGACUGCGGCGUACCGCAUCCAAGCGACUCCUGGCUUCGAGACACGGAAUUCAGAGCUCGAAGCACUUUCCGCCGGUGGGCCGGUGAUUCCAGGCAUUCCAUUGAUCGACGAUGUAUACUCUAAGCGUGCAUGGCAGUUGGAGCACCUGGCGGGAGCAUUCCGGGUGUUUGCUCGAAAGGGCUUCACUGAAGGGAACGCCGGGCAUAUCAGUGUCCGCGACCCGGUUGACCCGAAUACGUUCUGGAUUAAUCCAGUGAAUAGGCACUUCGCUCUGCUGACCGCGCAGGAUAUGGUGCAUGUCGACGAGAAUGGAGAGAUCGUUGGAGACAACAAAGUCGCCGUCAACACUGCAGGAUUCAUAAUUCACUCGGCUAUUCAUAAGGCACGGCCAGAUAUCAAUGCGGUAUGCCACGCCCACUCCGCUGCGGGCAAAGCCUGGUCAACAUUCGGUCGGCCACUAGAUAUCAUCAACCAGGAUGCUUGCACGUUUUGGAAUCACCAAGCCAUUUAUACUUCCUUCGGAGGGGUGGUACUUCAGAAGGAGGAAGGUCAGCGGAUCGCACAGGCAUUGGGGGACAGCAACCGUGUGGCGAUCCUCCAGAACCACGGACUUCUAACGACGGGACAUACUGUAGACGAAGCUGCAUAUCUUUUCACCCUGAUGGAACGGUCGUGUGAAGUUCAAAUCUUGGUGGAAAGCACUAAGAUUCCCAAGAGAAUCAUUGGCGACGCGGAGGCAGAGUACACAUACAAUGCUGCCGCGGGCCCGGAAGCUCUCUACACAGAGUUUCAGCCUGACUUUGAAUACGAGAUCAAAAUGUCUAAGGGUGAGCUGUCCAAAGGAAUUUGA